CACAUUGCAUACUCCGCACACUCGCUGCUUUGGUCCUGAAUGUUUAAGUAGGCUACAAUGGAGAUGAAACACGCCUUCAGCUACGACCCUCCAAUCAAAGGGAGCGUUAAGAUGCGCUCGCGUUAAAGCAGUGCAGGACAAGGAGAGUAAUUCCCCGGGGAAGUCACCGUCAGAAAGACAGAAAGAAACACAGAACACUUAGCACGAGCGCUGUCUUUUUAUUUAUUGUAAUUUAGUCUGUUUUAUUUUAUUCUUUUUUUUCCCCCCCACACACACUUUUUUUUUCUAUUUCGCGCGCGAGCGUUUACGCGCUGAGGUAGCGGCGCUCAGACAUGGACCUGGAGACACUCCGUUCUUUUCGGUGGCGUUCACCUUCACGGCGCUUUAAAGUUAAACCGGUAACUUCUUGAACACAAUGGCGGCCGUCAGUCUCCCUUCAGAGGGAUGGCAAGUUCUCGCGGACCUCCGCCGGACCCUUGGAGACUCGCGCACAAACUUGUAGCCAUGUUGUGGUUCGGCGUCGCGUGCGCUUUCCUCCUGUACUUCCUGCGAUGCUGCGAAUCCGAAGUGACGGAAAGUUUCAGCCUAAGUCGCGACGAGGCGCCGCUCGGAACGGGACGCUACGGUGAGAGGAACGGGACGGUUAGUGUCGGAGGAGACGGGAGGAGAAGGAAGAGGAGCGCGGGAGACGAUGCGGAUGAAGUGGGCUCGAUGAAGGAGAAGGACUGGAGGGGCGCGCGCAGGCUGCCGCACGCGCUCAUUAUCGGCGUGAAGAAAGGCGGCACGCGCGCGCUGCUCGAGUUCCUGAGGCUUCACCCGGACAUCCGCGCGCUCGGAUCCGAGCCGCACUUCUUCGACCGGCACUACGCACGCGGCCUCACCUGGUACAGGAGCAUGAUGCCCAAAGCGCUGGAUGGCCAGAUUGUGAUGGAGAAAACGCCACGGUACUUUGUGACAGCCGAGACGCCCGCUCGCGUCCAUGCCAUGUCAAGAGACGUGAAGUUGAUCGUGGUGGUGCGUGACCCCGUGACCCGCGCCAUCUCCGACUACACUCAGAUCGCCUCCAAGACACCGGGCAUCGCCAGCUUUGAAAGCCUGGCUUUUAAAAACAGAUCAUCGGGUCAGGUGGACAGUCUGUGGAGCCCGGUCUACAUCGGCUUGUACGCCCAACACCUGGAGCACUGGCUGGCUUAUUUCCCACUCUCUCAAAUCCACUUUGUCAGCGGCGAGCGGCUCGUCAGUGACCCGGCUUUCGAGCUGGGCCGUGUGCAGGACUUCCUGGGCCUGGAGCGUAUUAUCACAGACAAGCAUUUCUACUUCAACAAGACUAAGGGCUUCCCCUGUUUGAAGAAGGCAGAGGGCAGCGCUGAGCCACACUGCUUGGGCAAAACCAAAGGCAGGACACAUGUGCACGUGGAACCUGAGGUCAUUCACAACCUCAGGGACUUCUACCACCCGCACAAUCUGAGGUUCUACCAAAUGACUGGAAUGGACUUUGGGUGGAAGUGAUGUGUUUUUUUUUUUUUUUUUUUCUUCUCAAUCCAGACACUCAGCCUCACUCAUAUAAAGCAGCACAGGAAACUGUGGAGGGUAUAAUUGCUUUUUCUGAGUAAAUAUUUGAUGCAGUUAGUGCUCAUAUUGAUAGUGGAAACUCUGGGUGAGUUAUGAGUCAUGCACUCUGAGCAAGGGUAAAUAAUCAUAUUUGCAUCUGGUGGUGUUUUUCUUAAGGCAUCUUAUGUGUCAGGUUUCAGGAUUAAAGCAAAAACAAAACAAAACUGAGUAUUAAUACCUUCAGACCACAGUGGAAAGUGAAGAAGUGUUCAAACACCAGCCAUAAAUAAUAGAGUGGAUGUCAUUUGUAACAUACUGUAAAAGAAGUUGGACUGUAGGACUGUAUGACAUUCAAAACGAGGGCUGGUCCACUGGCUAGCUGAGGUGAGCUGAAUCUUUUUGAUCGAAUGAGCCAAAUAGCCAUUUUUAUACUAUUAUUAUAUUGCAGAUUUCUGAUAUGGACGAUCAUAAAGAACAGAGCAGCGAAAUCAUACUUUAAACACAUUUUUGUUAUUUGAAAGUGUAAGUAACUUGUCAUUGUGCUCAUAGGUGGAGCUAAUAGAAAGCAUCCUACAUUAUACAUGCAUACAUUACACAUGCGUUCAUACAUUAUGCAUAAAUCUAUAAGUAACACCACUCCCUUUGAAAUAUGGGAAUAUCAAAAGAAGUGGCUGGGACAUACUGGUCUAUUCUUGCAUAAUGCACUCUUUGUGCAGCCUAAAUUCACAAACAGUACUAGUUUUUAACUUCCUGUGAUUGAUGAUGUGGUACACAGUCGCAAAGCUGAGCGGUCUGUUGCUUGCAUGAAUUUGCACUAAUGUUAAGGAAGCCUGUUAAAUUAUUUUCAAAUGGACGUGUGCAUUUGUCAUGCAAUUUCGGAAACGCGAACACGUGGGGAAAUAAAAUUUUUUAUGAAUAGUGUGUGAGUGUAAGCGCAUUAACACA